GGCGAGACCCUGCGCCUCAUUAGCAUUACCCCGUCUCCACGCUUCCAACUCAACCACGACUCACCCCUCCCAACUACCCCGUGUAGGUACUGGGUACACGAUAUUCAUCAUGGCACCUGUUCUGGGGCGUUUGCAUUCGCUGAUAGCCAGGAAUGCGAAAACAUUCCAGGCUGCCUGGCGACAUGCUGCGAAGCAUAUACAAAACCAGCUGCCAGCGAGCGCACGACCUACCCAAGCCCAGUUGCAACCAAUCCUUGUGAGAAAUGGCCCGAAACAUGCUGUCCAUCGUAUUGCGCUGCUCAAGCAGAGCAAAGGCCGGUGGUACACGACCCAUAGCGCCAUCACCGCCACUGUGAAACGAUUCACAACAUCCGCCCGACCUGCAGGCGUCAAGUUUGACAAGUCAGCUUUUCCCAAGUCACGAAUCGGCACCAUUCUCAGCACGCAGAGCGGACGCGCACCCUUUGCCUCGACUCUCCGCCCGAAUCUGACUGGCGGAACACUUGGCCGAAGUGCUGGAGGAUAUGCGUGGGGCUCUGGCAAAACCGGAGGUGCUCGAUACUUUUCACACGGUCCAGCCGCGCCUGCUCAGGUCAUCAGCAAUGUUUCCCAGGCAGUGCGAGCAUUUUUGAUCUCGGGCCAGAAGGCGCAGUUCAACGGCAUCGAUUCACGCACGGGAGAGAAACGUUUCAAAUCCGUCUCUGCUCUGCAAGACCAGGUCAACCGAACUCUAAACAAAGUGCCUAAGGCUACCCCAGGCUCGUACAUUACCUUCAACAUCAACCCCACCGUCACGGCCUUGACCGCCGGCGGAUUUAAGGGCUUUGGCUCCUUCGUCCAGGAGAAGGAAUCGCUCAACAACGAGGGCCUUUUGGAUAUCCUCUCUGUCGACUUUUCCCGAGCAGUCAAAGAGCUAGCAGCUGUUUUGGCAGACCUGCAACGUUUAUCAGAGCUGGGAGACUUACCCAUCUCCUACGAGCACUCAACGCUGAAGGUACAUUUCCCGGGCUGUGACGCUCAGACGGUGGAGACGAUCUGUAACGAUUUUGAUGUUCAACGGGGAGUGGUUUGUCAAGACGAGAAUUUCGAUGCCUUCGUUGGCACAGACAUCGCCUUGCUAUUUCCCUUCGCUUCCAGCAGGACACCCUCAGAAUGCUCGUUUCUUGAGAAGCCCGUUGCUGGUCGGCAGCAUGUUCAACCAAUUAUUGACUGGCAACACAUGCUCACGCCGUCUGUGUUAAGUUCAGAUGCCUACUCGACGCAUUCAGAGAAUGGAUUUGAUGAUUUUGUGGAUCUUGAUGAAGAGAACCCAUGGUUGUCGGAGUCGCUAUCUGGAUACGAAAGUCUUCACACCAGCGAGGUAGGAGACACGGACCUGCACACCCCUUUCGAGUACCAAGGUGUGGAAGGCAUGUAUAGAUUCCUGGCACAGUGCGAGUCGGGCGCCAGCGUCAGAUAGAGGAAUGCCAUUGAGCAUGGGAUACCAGUCGGCUUCAGAUUGUCACGACAGCGUUGAAUUUUUAUGAACUCAUAUAUGAAAAACUCCUUCUCUGUGCAGUGAACACAAACACCGGCUUACACAAUUCGUGCUGAGGCUAUCUCUUCGCCAGCCAUUCGUCUUGCACUUGCCCAUGACACACGCGAACAUGUUCCGGAUAUAGCAACGGUCACAUCCGUAGCGGCGGCGGCCAUUAAAGGAAGCCGUCCUCUCGCCUCCUUAUGCCCGCAGACUUUGUCAUAUUUCUACU